GGGAUGCGCAUGCGAGGCGGCAACUGCUGAUCAUGUCAGAGAGCUACAUCAACCUGCUGCAUGAUCUACACCUCCCGGCCUCGUCGCCGUUACCCGCCAGCUUGCCGACUGUGCUCGCUUACCACCUAGCGACGCUGCCCUUGCCGCAAUUGACCCAUCUCUGCCGAGUCUUGCUCCAGUCGGCCUGCUUGUGGUCAAAGACGGGCGACCCUCAAGAUCUGGUGCACUAUGAGAGGGGUCAGGAGAUCUAUCGAGCGAUACAGCGAGGCUUCCUGGGAAGGGUGGAUCACGUCUCACAAGAGCAAGGCCCAGGAUGGAGAGGGAGACGACAGCUCGCAAAUUGUCUUGACGCCGUGCUGCAGGCGCUUGAUGGCUCAGACGAGAGCGAGCAAGCAUCUUCAAGCUCGAAGCUGCAGAUCAACCAUCCAGUCAGGAAGCUCGUGGUGGCCAGCGGCUGUCUGUCUGCUCUCCAGGCCGUAAAGGAACGACAGGACAGCCUCUACGUCGGCGGCAAAAGUCUCAUGGGUAGAGCAGAGAACGAGACAUUGAUACUAUGGGCCGAAGUGCUCGAGUACAUGACGGGGACGACGCCGCAACUGGAUUUGACUUGGACCAGCAAUGAUCAUCGUCGCCCAGGCGACCUCUUGUCUAGCGGCCCGGCGGUCUCGACUGCCAUGUCAUUACCGACCUAUCUGGCAGCUCAGACAUUGCCCAUCGUCGAUAGUGCCAAGCUGGGCGCUCUCCCCGUCGCACCACUCAUAUCGAUGCUGACGACAACCAUUGAGAGCUGUUUCGAUAAUGGUCGACUUUUCGAUGGACUCGAUGACGAUCUUAUCGAGACAGUGGAUGGCCUUGCCUGGAACUCGCCCUCGAGCUCGCAAGAUCGCCUAGAUUCGCUGCUACGCUUACCACUGUACCCUGAGCUCGGCAGGGUGUCUCGUCUUCUUGGCAACCUCUUUGCAGCUCCGGGCGCCGAGCUCGAAUAUAUCGAAAGCUCUUGUCUGCGUCUGCUCAGACUAGUAGCUCGUGUUGAAGCCAGCUGGCGACGGUGUAGGUGGUCAGAUGUCACAAAGGAUACCGAGCUUGCAAGUACCACGCGCUUGGCAAAGCAGCCAUGGACGCAUCACAAGACGCUGCUGUUCACGCUCACCAUGAUCCAUUCCGCCCUCAUGACGUUGCUUACGUCCACACCGAGUCAAGUCGGGAGACCUCCAGCAGCUGUACUCGACUUGACCUCCCUUACGCUGCAGACUUUCAGCAAGGUCUACUUUGUUACACAACGCUUCGGCCCGGAUGGCUUUGGAGCAUAUCUCAAUGCGUGGCAUGGUGCGCUCGAUCUCUGUGCAAGGGCGAGCAGCGAUGAUGCUCGAGCGAUCAUCACUAAGCUUGAGCCAAGACACGCUAGCUCGCAAACAGACCGCGAAGUAGACAGGGCGUGCCUGACAUAUUAUCUCAAUGUUGCCGAGCAGCUCAUGGAGACUCUACCAGACGACUAUGUCGAGUCUCACAUCAUGCCGAUGACGAGACGCUACCUCGACGAUGCUCGAUAUGCCGAUGCUUUUGAUUCUGCGCACUCGGUCGUGCUGGCAGUCUUUGCGAAGAACAAGCGCUGCUCAAUCGAGCUCAUGCCAUGGUACUCAGACCUGGUCUUACGAAGUUAUCCUGAGAUGAUGACCUCUUCGCAAAUACGGCUGGCGUACACGACCAUGGUCAAGCGAGCCUCUGAAGUUGACGAUGCACUGGCCUGGUACUGCGUAGCGAAGCUAAUCAAGACAAUCCAAGACAUACCACCCCACGCGCUCGAAGAUACCAAUGCGCUCGCUGCUUCGGAUGUUCCCCGCGAGAGCAAUCUGGCCUCACUGUCGAGCUCGGAGGCGGUCCAGGACGCACUGGGUCGAUCACAACAUGAAGCUCGGUUCGAAAGGGAUUCAGAGAGUGACGACAAGCCAGAAGAUGUGUCGACUCGGCUAGACGACGUCGCUGGCCCCAGUCCGCUCGAGAGUCACGCUCUGAGUCUGCGACGGGGUCAUCUGCUUCUCGUGCUCAUCGAUCUCAUACCGGCAGUCAACUUGACGCUCUUGCUCACUCUGCUCGACACGAUCGCUCAGCUAAUCCAGGCCGAAGGUCAUACCGGCGAGCGAGCAGGCGCGGCACGCCUGGAAGGCAAAGACGCAAUCGUCAAGGUACUCUUCGCCACGCUGGGCGAAGGUAUGGAUUCGAUCAAACGGCAAGCGGGCGCACAUUGGUGGAUGCAGCACCGCACUGAACUCUGACAGCAUUCGAUGCGAAGACUGCUACAUCAGGAGGAUUAUCAGUACUCAAGAGGACGCGCGCUUUGACGGCUUCGUAGUUGUGUCGUGACUUGCUUCUCGGUUCUGCCAAAUCUGUUGGGAUGAAGUGCCCCUUUAACUUGAACACAAUGCAUCUUACUAUAGGCUUAGUGAUCUUUGUCUUCGUGAAGCAGCAAGCUAUUGAGACACUUCUGAGCUUCCUCCGGACG